GGCUCGGCGUCAGCGUCUUGGUCCUCUGGGCCACUUUUCGGCCUGGCUCCCCUCCACCUCCGCCGGCGUCUCCCGAAGGAAGCAUCAAGCAGGGCGCACGGCUGCUGUGCAGCACGGCGGGUGUGGGGCUGAAGCAGCGGCCCAGCAGCAGCCCGAUGGCUUCGGAGCGAGCGGCGGCCUGGGAAGGUUAGCCCGGCGAUCCAAUCGAAGGCGGCUGCGUGGGGGUUCCGCGGGGUUUGGCUCCGGGGCCUGACUUUUGGAAAAAGGGCCCCGAGAGUUCCUCGGAGUAUCGGCAAAGUGUGGCCGAGGGCGCGCUGCCUGCGCCGGGACUGGGGCUUCCUUCCAGCGUGGCGCCCCGGCGGGCCCACGCCGCGGCGCUUCUGCCUCGUAGCGGCUCCAUAUAUGGCUGGGACUGGCCGCCUCUUGAGGUUCCCGCGUUGUUCUUCGCUGCCGCUGCCUUGAGCGCCGCGGGCUGCGCCCUCUCCGCCUCCGGGCCGUCAUGAACUGCCUGCAGACCUCCCAGGAUAGCCUGGGAGGGAACGUAUGCGCCAUCGAGGGGCUCCCGCCGCUGCCCAAAGGGCUCAGCGGGAUCCUCAACUCCAGCGGGGGCUCCUGGCGGGAGAUCGAGAAAGUGUACAGCAAGAAGACGCGCAUCCAGGAUGACCUGAGCAAGUCCCAGGCCUCCUCGGAAAAACUGCUGCUCCGCAGUAAACCGGCGAACCUCGACUCAGCCCUGGCCGUGCUGCGCAAGGAGAUGGUGGGACUCCGGCAACUGGACAUGUCCCUUUUGUGUCAGCUGUGGUCCUUGUAUGAGUCGAUUCAGGAGUAUAAAGGUCUCUUUCAGGAUAUGUCCUCCUCACUUCACUCAGAAGGCAGUCUGGCUGCCGAAAAUGGCUUCUCUGACGAGGAGGAAGACUUCGAGGUGGAUCCAUCUAGCCCAGAUGGGCAUAAGGAGAAUGCCUUGGGACAGCGACUCCGUCUUCUCCAGCCCCAGAACUCUCGGGACCAGUGGCUGCAGGACUCCUUCCAUAUCACCAUCUGAGGCGGCCUCUGCCACAGAAUUGCCUUUCCCAGUGAUGUGGGGAAAAGUCUGACAAUAAAUUAGGAAUUUUUUAUAGGGUUGAGGAAUGAGGCAUGUUAACACGGGCAGUUUGUGGCUGGUUUGGGAACCGCCCGUGAAUAUGCUGUAGGGUUUGCACUUAACCAGUAGUAGUUUAAUGUUUUAUUACCACUGGAUAGAGCCAGUGGGAUCCUGUUGAUAAUUCUUCUGAGAGAGACUUUUAUGCAUGGACAGUGCAGGAGUCGAGUAUGCUCUUUCUGUCCUUCAGGGCACAGAUAAACGUCUAGAGCAGGGGUCCUGAACAUGGUACCCAUGGCUGCCAUGGUGUCUGCCAAUAUCUUUCCUGGUGCCCACCAAGUGUUUUUAGAAAGAGGGUGGGGCUCUUCUCAAGCAAAGUUUCCGGUUGGCUGUGCAGAUUUUUAAAAAUGUUGCUUUGGCAGAAGCUGCCUCAAGUACAAGGAUCUUCACUGGGUGACAAAGUAAGCUUCAGCAGCCAUUUUGUGGCUGGUUCCACCUGUGGCAGCCAUUUUGUUGCCACAUCUAUCCUUCUGUGUCAGAAUUCCAAAUGUGCCCACAGGCUCAGAACAUUUAAGGACCCCUGACCUAGUGUAUCAGUAGACUAGCCAGGGGCAAGGAGAACUGAACAGGUAUAAAAGAAUCCUGAUUAACAUAGUAUUGUGAGAACACUACCAGACAGAAGUUCUUUGGCUUAUUAUAAACAUUUUUUUUGGGGGGGGGGGUUGGGGGGGAGGUGCAGAUGUUCCCUGGGUGUGCAUGAACCUCUCCCAGUAACUGGGAAACUAAUACAUUUUAGGAAAUAAGUGGCUUCUCUGGCCAUGAUGCUGGCUUUCUGCUUGUUUGUGAGGAAUGGAUAUCACAUUGUUGUGCUCCAUCUUCUCACAGGUUGCCCCAGUUCCCACAGGGUCUCCUAAUUAUGUGAUUUGAGGCUGGGGACAGCUCAGAACCCCUGUUUACAACCCUGUUCCCCAAAAUUUGCUCCUUCAGCUUUGGAGGGGCACAGCUCAUUUCCCCUUUCCUUUUCUCCUGUUUUCUGCUGGAAGCAUCUAGGAAUGGUGUAGCUGGAUAGGAACUUGCUGUGCACGAAGCUUAUUUGCUGGAUUUUUUUCUAGGCAGAGUUGCGUUGGCUGGAUUUAUUAUUAGUGCCUCGCCCAUAUUACCCAAAAGUGGCCUCUUUUAAAAUAUUUAAUUAUAUGUGAACUUUUUGUUAUUUUUUUAAAGCCUUGAAAUAUUAGGUUUGGGACCAGGAGAGGGCAACCCCUUUUCUCCCUCUCCCUCCCAUUUGUAACUGGGUACAAACCUUAAAUGGCUAAUUUAAUAUAUUGGUUGUGAUGGGGCAUUUUGCCAUUGGAAAUCUAGAGAAUAAAAUGCCUCAUCCUGUUAACAAA